AUGGACGUGGCCAUGGUCGUGGACGUGGACGUGGACGUGGACGUGGACGUGGACGUGUACAUGGACGUGGACGUGGACGUGGACGUGGACGUGUACAUGGACGUGGACGUAGACGUGGACGUGGACGUAGACGUGGACGUGGACGUGGACGUGGACGUGGACAUGGACGUGGACGUGGACGUAGACGUGGACGUAGACGUGGACGUGGACGUGGACAUGGACGUGGACGUUGACGUAGAGGUGGACGUGGACGUGGACAUGGACGUGGACGUGGACGUGGACGUGGACGUGGACGUGGACGACAUGGACGUGGACGUGGACGUGGACGUGGAUGUGGACGUGGACGUGGACGUGGACGUGGACGUGGACGUGGACAUGGACGUGGACCGCGUCCGCGUCCGCGGACGUGGACGUGGACGUGGACGUGGUCACGUGGACCUGUACGUGGACGUGGACGUGGACGUGGACAUGGACGUGGACGUGGACGUGGACGUGGAGAUGGACGUGGACGUGGACGUGGACGUGGACGUGGACGUGGAGAUGGACGUGGAUGUGGACGUGGACGUGGACGUGGACGUGGACAUGGACGUGGACGUAGACGUGGACGUGGACGUAGACGUGGACGUGGACGUGGACGUGGACGUGGACAUGGACGUGGACGUGGACGUAGACGUGGACGUAGACGUGGACGUGGACGUGGACGUGGACAUGGACGUGGACGUUGACGUAGACGUGGACGUGGACGUGGACAUGGACGUGGACGUGGACGUGGACGUGGACGUGGACGUGGACGUGGACGACAUGGACGUGGACGUGGACGUGGAUGUGGACGUGGACGUGGACGUGGACGUGGACGUGGACGUGGACAUGGACGUGGACCGCGUCCGCGUCCGCGGGCGUGGACGUGGACGUGGACGUGGUCACGUGGAUGUGUACGUGGACGUGGACGUGGACGUGGACAUGGACGUGGACGUGGACGUGGACGUGGAGAUGGACGUGGACGUGGACGUGGACGUGGACGUGGAGAUGGACGUGGAUGUGGACGUGGACGUGGACGUGGACGUGGACGUGGACGUGGACGUGGAGAUGGACGUGGAUGUGGACGUGGACGUGGACGUGGACGUGGACGUGGACAUGAAGGACAUGGACGUGGACGUGGACGUGGACGUGGACAUGAAGGACAUGGACGUGGACGUGGACAGGGACGUGGACGCAGACGCGGACGCAGACGCGGACGUGGACGUGGACGUGGACGUGGACGUGGACGUGGACGUGGACGUGGACGUGGACGUGGAGAUGGACGUGGACGUGGACGUGGACAUGGACGUGGAGAUGGACGUGGACGUGGACGUGGACGUGGACGUGGACAUAGACGUGGACGUGGACGUGGACGUGGACGUGGACAUGGUCGUGGACGUGGACGUGGACGUGGACGUGGACAUGGUCGUGGACGUGGACGUGGACGUGGACGUGGACGUGGACGUGGACGCGGACGUGGACAUGGACGCGGACGCGGACGUGGACAUGGACGUGGACGGGGACGUGGACGUGGACGGGGACGUGGACGUGGACGUGGACGUGGACGUGGACGUGGUGGACUUGGACGUGGACAUGGACGUGGACGUGGACGUGGACGUGGACGUGGACGUGGAGGACGUGGACAUGGACGUGGACGUGGACAUGGACGUGGACAUGGACGUGGACGUGGACGUGGACAUGGUCGUGGACGUGGACGUGGACGUGGACGUGGACGUGGACAUGGACGUGGACAUGGUCGUGGACGUGGACGUGGACGUGGACGUGGACAUGGACGUGGACGUGGACAUGAAGGACAUGGACGUGGACGUGGACGUGGACGUGGACGACUUGGACGUGGACAUGGACGUGGACGUCGACGUGGACGUGGACGUGGACGUGGACGUGGACGUGGACAUGGACGUGGACGUGGACGUGGACGUGGACAUGGACGUGGACGUUGACGUGGACGUGGACGUGGACGUGGACGUGGACGUGGACGUGGACGUGGACGCGGACGUGGACGCGGACGUCGACGCGGACGCGGACGCGGACGUGGACGUGGACGCGGACGUGGACGUGGACGUGGACGGGGACGUGGACGUGGACGGGGACGUGGACGUGGACGUGGACGUGGACGUGGAUGUGGACGUGGACGUGGACGUGGAGAUGGACGUGGACGUGGACGUGGACAUGGACGUGGACAUGGACGUGGACGUGGACGUGGACGUGGACGUGGACGUGGACGUGGACGUGGACGUGGACAUAGACGUGGACGUGGACGUGGACGUGGACGUAGACAUGGUCGUGGACGUGGACGUGGACAUGGUCGUGGACGUGGACGUGGACGUGGACAUGGACAUGGACGUGGACGUGGUGGACGUGGACGUGGACGUGGUGGACUUGGACGUGGACAUGGACGUGGACGUGGACGUGGACGUGGACGUGGACGUGGAGGACAUGGACAUGGACGUGGACGUGGACAUGGACGUGGACAUGGACGUGGACGUGGACGUGGACAUGGUCGUGGACGUGGACGUGGACGUGGACGUGGACGUGGACAUGGACGUGGACAUGGUCGUGGACGUGGACGUGGACGUGGACGUGGACGUGGACAUGGACGUGGACGUGGACAUGAAGGACAUGGACGUGGACGUGGACGUGGACGUGAACGUGGACGUGGACGUGGACGUGGACGUGGACGUGGACAUGGACGUGGACGUGGACGUGGACGUGGACGUGGACAUGGACGUGGACGUGGACGUGGACGUGGACGUGGACGUGGACAUGGACGUGGACGUGGACGUAGACGUGGACAUGGACGUGGACGUGGAUGUGGACGUGGACGUGGACGUGGACGCGGACGUGGACAUGGACGCGGACGCGGACGUGGACAUGGACGUGGACGGGGACGUGGACGUGGACGGGGACGUGGACGUGGACGUGGACGUGGACGUGGACAUAGACGUGGACGUGGACGUGGACGUGGACGUGGACAUGGACGUGGACGUGGACGUGGACGUGGACUUGGACGUGGAGGUGGACGUGGACAUGGACAUGGACGUGGACGUGGACGUGGACGUGGACAUAGACGUGGACGUGGACGUGGACGUGGACGUGGACCUGGACGUGGACGUGGGCGUGGACGUGGACAUGGACGUGGACGUGAACGUGGACGUGGACAUAGACGUGGACGUGGACGUGGACGUGGACGUGGACGUGGACAUGGACGUGGACGUGGACGUGGACAGGGACGUGGACGUAGACGUGGACGUGGACGUGGACAUGGACGUGGACGUGGACGUGGACGUGGACGUGGACGUGGACAUAGACAUGGACGUGGACGUGGACGUGGACGUGGACAUGGACGUGGACGUGGACGUGGACGUGGACUUGGACGUGGACGUGGACGUGGCCGUGGACAUGGACGUGGACGUGGACGUGGACGUGGACGUGGACGUGGACGUGGACAUGGACGUGGACGUGGACGUGGACAUGGACGUGGACGUGGACAUGGACGUGGACGUGGACGUGGACAUGGACGUGGACGUGGACAUGGACGUGGACGUGGACGUGGACGUGGACGUGGACAUGGACGUGGACGUGGACGUGGACGUGGACAUGGACGUGGACGUGGACAUGGACGUGGACGUGGACGUGGACGUGGACAUGGACGUGGACGUGGACAUGGACGUGGAGAUGGACGUGGACGUGGACAUGGACAUGGACAUGGACGUGGACGUGGACAUGGACGUGGACGUGGACGUGGACGUGGACAUUGACGUGGACGUGGACAUGGACGUGGACAUGGACGUGGACGUGGACAUGGACAUGGACAUGGACGUGGACGUGGACAUGGACGUGGACGUGGACAUGGACAUGGACGUGGACGUGGACGUGGACGUGGACAUGGACGUGGACGUGGACGUGGACGUGGACGUGGACGUGGACAUGGACGUGGACGUGGACGUGGACGUGGACGUGGACGGGGACGUGGACAUGGACGUGGACGUGGACAUGGACAUGGACGUGGACGUGGACGUGGACGUGGACAUAGACGUGGACGUGGACGUGGACAUGGACAUGGACGUGGACGUGGACGUGGACUUGGACGUGGACGUGGACGUGGACGUGGACAUGGACAUGGACGUGGACUCGGCCGUGGACGUGGACAUGGACGUAGACCUGGACAUAGACGUGGACGUGGACGUGGACGUGGACGUGGACCUGGACAUGGACGUGGACCUGGACGUAGACCUGGACGUGGACGUGGACAUGGACGUGGACGUGGACGUGGACGUGGACGUGGACAUAGACGUGGACGUGGACGUGGACGUGGACAUGGACGUGGACGUGGACGUGGACGGGGACGUUGCCAUGAAGGUGGAGGCGGACGUGGACGUGGACGUGGACAUGGACGUGGACAUGGACGUGGACGUGGACAUGGACAUGGACAUGGACGUGGACGUGGACAUGGACGUGGACGUGGACAUGGACAUGGACGUGGACGUGGACGUGGACAUGGACGUGACGUGGACGUGGACGUGGACGUGGACGUGGACGUGGACAUGGACGUGGACGUGGACGUGGACGUGGACGUGGACGGGGACGUGGACAUGGACGUGGACGUGGACAUGGACAUGGACGUGGACGUGGACGUGGACGUGGACAUAG